AUUAAGAUUAUAAUAAUGUGUGUGUUCCACUACCAUCAUCAAUUUAACUGAAAUGCGCUAGACUUGAUAUGUUUUCUGUAGAAAUAUAUUACUUUGUAUUUGCAAUCGGUUGUUCACAAGGUUAUGAGAAUGUGGCUUUGAAUAAACAGACAUGGCAAACAAACCAGUACAAUCAAGGUGACAAUCGAUUCCACUCCAGUAAUGGAGUAGAUGGACUUAAGACAAAUCUCACAGCUUGGGGAGGACAGUGUGUUAUAUCAGCUGAUGGACACAGCACUGCCACCUGGUGGGUAAACUUGACGUCAGUCUACAGCAUUCAUGAUAUAAAGAUUUAUUACAGGACGGGAAAUAAAACAUGGGAUUCUUCUAAUGGUUUCACGGCAAGAUUUCUUGGUUUUUAUGUCUAUGUUUCAAACACAACUGACCGAUUAAAGGGACAUUUAUGUUUCCAUGAUACAGAUUAUGACAAUUCUACAAUAUCUGCCGUGGCCAAUAUACCAUGCCCAGUACAUGGACAAUACGUCAUCUACUAUAAUGAGAGACUCUCAAAUGUAACAUAUCCAGCUGGAUAUUCCGAAAUGGCGCACAAUGAGCUCUGUGAAGUAGAAGUGAAUGGUUGUCUUGCUGGCUCCUACGGACCAAACUGUUCCCUUCCCUGUCCUGACAAUUGUGGUGAUGGUUACUGUGACGUAGAGACUGGAGUGUGUUUCUGGUGUAAACCCGGGUACCACGGACCUCAGUGCGAAUCUGAGUGUGAUCCGAUCAAUUACGGACAAGAUUGUAGACACAGUUGUGGGGCCUGUCUAGGACAUAAGCGAUGUCAUCACAUCAAUGGAUCCUGUGUUAAAGGUUGUGACGCGGGAUUUAAGGGAGAGUUUUGUAAAACAGAAUGUGAUCCAUACACUUAUGGGUUCGAUUGUAUGCAAAAUUGCAGUGAUAGCUGUGAAAAUAAUACAUGCAAUUCGUUCACGGGUCAAUGCCUUGGACAUGGGUACUUCAACGAUUCAAGUGAUGUAAACAGUCAAGUAGCAGUCAUCGGAGUGAUCGUUGCGGUUUUAAUUGCACUACUUGUAACCCUUAUCGUGUUGCUUGUACUUAGAAGACGUCAUGUACUAAAAGGUAUGGACGGCAAACAGCAGCUAAAAGGGACACGCCACUAUAAAAAUGGAGAUGGUGAUAACAAAGACAAUGAUCCAUCGUCCUCCACUCCCGAAAAAAAUAAAAUUUCGAAGAAAACAAAAGAUCAAAAUUCUCUGUUAAAUAAAAAUGAUGUAAACGCUGUUGAGAUUGAUGAAGAUGAGCUAAUACACGCAGAAAACCCAUAUGGUGAAAUGUACACGAAUUACAGCAUCUCAUCGGACAUUCCACUGAGUCAGUUAGAGCGCAUCAUUUCUGAGAAAAGCAAAGAUGACAAUGACGGAUUCCAGAAAGAAUAUGCAACGUUACCUUACGGCGAAAUUCAGAAAUGUGACGUUGGAAAAAGGAGCGAAAAUAUUCCUAAAAUAGAUAUAAGACCACAUUUCCUUAUGACCAUUCAAGAGUAAUUUUAAAGACUGAUACUGGAUCUGACUAUAUAAACGCUAAUUAUAUAGAGGGCGCUGAAAGAGAUCAAGAGUACAUUGCUUCACAAGGUUUUUACGCCCACAUUCACUUAGUCUUUUAAAAUAGUCCAAAUCACUUAAAAUCACGUUAUUUUAAUAAACUUAUAUGUUGAAAAUGUUCUUUUGCUAACAAUCCAAAAUGAAAAGUUGUUUACAAAGAUUUUUAAAGUACAAAUGAACAUUGAUUUCCUUUUAUCUUUCUUUCUUUUUUUCUCUCAUAAAAAGAAUACUUAGAUUACAAGAGCUUACUAGGAAUGUGUUGUCACAAAUUUCAAAUUUAAGGUAUAGCUGUGUGAACAUGUCACAGAUUUGUAAGUUUUAAUGCAAUUAUAUGACUUCCUCGAAGAUUUUUGUCUAAUAAUAUUCUAAUUCAUCUUAUCAAAUUCUCUAAUAACCUUUAAUUACUUUUUAAACUAAACAAAUAUGUGAUGAGGUCAAAUUACAGAAAUAUAC